AUGUCCAAAAGGCCCGCAGAGCUUCCCCUGGAACGAGACUUUUCUGGCUCACCUGCUUCCAAAAAGGCCCGUGUCGAAGACAACGACGACGAUUUUGGCGACAGUGCAGGGCUAACGAGCGACCAAAAGCCGACAGAUCGCAAUGGCGCGGAUGUCGAUCUCGAAGGGGCAGCUGAACUAGAAAAAGAGGAGCUCGAAGAGGGCGAAAAUGACCAGUCAGGACUGUCGGAUAUUGACGAAGAUGCGCCUGCGCUCAGUGCUCCGAAGCGACAAAGUGCUCCCAUGGAAGGCUACGGCGACCUGUACCUUGACACGAUCAAUCGCGAGAUCUUGGAUUUCGAUUUCGAAAAACUGUGCUCCGUCAGUCUGUCCAAUAUCAACGUGUACGCCUGUCUCGUCUGCGGCAAGUACUUUCAGGGUCGUGGUCCCAAAUCCCAUGCGUAUUUUCACGCGCUUGAGGUCGGACAUCACGUCUUUAUCAACAUCGGCACAAAAAAGGUCUACGUCUUGCCAGAAGGAUACGAAGUCCAGAGCAAGAGUUUGGACGACAUCAAAUACGUGGUCGACCCGCACUACACCAAAAACGAGGUGGUCAAGCUUGACAAGGAAGUGCACGAUGCCUGGGACCUUUCUGGAACCAAAUAUAGACCAGGAUUUGUCGGCAUGAACAAUAUCAAGGCCAACGACUACGUCAACGUUGUAGCCCAACUACUGGCACAUGUUCUGCCAAUCCGCAAUUUCUUCCUCCUCCACAACUUCCCUACACCUGGUACGCCAGAAAUAGUUCUUCGCUUCAGCACACUAGUGCGAAAGCUAUGGAACCCAAAGGCAUUCCGGUCACAUGUCUCUCCGCACGAGUUGCUACAGGAGGUCGCUUUGCGAUCUUCGAAGCGCUUCACACUCACGAACCAGGCAGACCCGGUGGACUUCUUAUCCUGGUUCUUGAACAGCCUGCACCUCGCUUUGGGAGGAUCCAAAAAGCCCUCACCUGCCCCCACAAGUGUCGUGCACGCGGCGUUCCAAGGCCGCGUACGAAUUGAAAGUCAAGCUAUCACCGCUCAUUCUGAUACCCAGAAUGCCCGCUUGGUAUUUACCGAAUCUGGUACAAUCAAGAGCCAGGUCACACCUUUCCUUAUCUUGACCUUGGAUCUACCUCCUACGCCUCUCUUCCAGUCUGCCAACCGGGAAUCAAUCAUCCCCCAGAUUCCCUUAACCACCCUGUUGAACAAAUAUAACGGCUACACGGCUUCGGAGAAAUUGGACCACCGUGUCCGACACCGUCUCCUCCACCCCCUUCCUCCUUAUCUCUUCUUCCACAUCAAGCGGUUCAGCAAGAAUCGCUUCGUCUCCGAGCGAAACCCCACCAUUGUUACUUUCCCCUCCCCUCGCUCUUUAGACAUGUCCCCCUAUGUCGAACCAAACCCCGAUGUCUGUUCGCCUGGCGAGCCAAUUUUGUAUGAUCUCGUGGCAAACGUCAUUCUCGACCCCGCUAUAGCUGCACCCGGUGAGAUGGAUGACGCCGCUGAUAAGGGUGUCAAGGCUGCAUCUGGAGCCGGCGGCUCUUCUACUGGUGCCGGUGGUGGCAGUGAGAAGGUCUCCUGGCUUGUCCAGCUUCACGACAAAGCUAUGUCUGCCGAGAACACACGAACACAAAACGGAAAUGCAACAGCACAGCAGCAGAAGGGUCCGGAGUGGCUCGAGAUUCAAGACUUGUUUGUCAAGCGUGCGGAAACUGAGACACUUUUCACGCGUGAAGGAUAUCUCAUGGUUUGGGAGCGGCGCAAGACCUCUGGACAAAAAGGCAAAGGUCGUGCAUAA